ACCCUCCUGCGUAACAUUCGGUCAUAUACCGUCCGCUACAAUCAACUACAAGUCUGGUCUUACCUUCCUUUAUUUCUUGCUUUCUCGAAUUCUCUGGCGUCAUGGCAAUUUCUGUGGUCGACAUUAUAUUCGCUGCUAUCGGUGUCUUCCUGCUGAGGCAACUAACAAGGGCCAGGCCACCUGCACCUUACCCGCCGGGUCCGAGGGCGUAUCCGUUCAUUGGCAAUCUCCUUGACAUGCCCACGCAGCAAGAGUGGAAAUUAUUUUCGCAGUGGGGCCAAGUCUGGGGCGAUAUCAUGUCUGUGAAUGUCCUGGGGCAAACCAUGGUCAUCCUCAACUCCCCUAAGCUGGCCGUAGACAUGCUGGAGCGGAAAAGCUCUAUAUAUUCCGACCGACCGACCCUUACAAUGGGCGGAGAAAUAGUCGGCUGGAAAAACACCUUGGUUCUGACGGGAUAUGGGGAUCGCUUCCGUUCCAUCCGCAAGAUGUUCCACAGCGUCAUUGGUACGAAGGCCUUAACUACGCAGUUCCUGCCGGUCGAGGAGCGCGAGACGCGAAGAUUCCUGAAGCGUGUCUUGAGCAAGCCUGAGGAGAUUGCCGAACAUAUCCGAUGGACGGCCGGCUCCAUCAUCCUACAGAUCGCCUAUGGCUACAUAGUGAAGGAUGAAGCCGAUCCCAUUGUGGAUAUCGUCGAGAAAGCUACGGAGCAGUUCUCUCUUGCAACUGCGCCCGGUGCUUUCCUGGUCGACAUCAUUCCUGCGCUACGGCACAUACCCGACUGGGUCCCUGGCGCGGGCUGGAAAAAGAAGGCUGCGAACUGGGGCAAGACACUAAAUGACAUGACCAAUGUGCCGCUGGACUUCGUAAAGCGUCAAAUCGCUGCCGGGAUAGCCCCUCCCUCAUUCACGCAGAGCCUUCUCGAAGGCGGAGACGUCGUUCCUGAGGAAGAGACCACGAUCAAAUGGGCAGCGGCGUCCCUCUACUCAGGCGGGGCUGAUACGACCGUUUCAGCCAUAUACACUUUCUACCUCGCCAUGACGCUUUACCCGGAAGCUCAGAAGAGGGCCCAUGCCGAAAUCGACGCUGUCAUCGGCUGCGAUCGGUUGCCCACGUUUGCUGACCGGGAGCACCUCCCAUAUGUCGAGGCAUUGGUCAAAGAAGUGCUGCGAUGGAAUCCAGUUACGCCUCUAGGCGUGCCUCACCGGGUGACCGAAGACGACGUCCACGAAGGUUACUAUAUUCCCAAAGGCUCGCUGGUCAUCGCCAACAUCUGGCAGAUUCUACAUGAUCCGAGGACGUACUCGAAUCCUUUAGAGUUUGAUCCUGGCCGGUUCCUUAAGGCUGAGCCAGAAGAAGAUCCUCGCUCGUUCUGCUUUGGAUUCGGAAGGCGAAUCUGCCCCGGAAUGAAUCUUGCGGACGCGUCGAUAUUCAUUUCCUGCGCCAUGUCCCUAGCAGCAUUCGACAUCGCGAAAGUCGUGGACGCAAGCGGGAAUGUCUUGGAACCCGUCCUAGACAAUACGAGUGGGACUAUCAGCCACCCGAAGCCAUUCCCUUGCUCCAUUAAACCCCGCUCGCCGAAGGCGGAGGCUCUCAUUCGUUCAAUUGAAUAACUGGCGACCGCCGUCCAUCCGUCGCCUCGAGUCCGACAUAAUGCAUGCCACCGGUCCUGCUCGACCGGAUUGUUGAGCACCGGUCAGGUUCCGGUUGCCAGACAUGCUCCUUGAAAUCGGGUUCUUGACGUAGCUUCUCAUUGCUUUAUCUUACCCUCCCUUCGAAUUUACUGUGAUAUAUGUCUGAACCUUGUACAUACCUGACCUUCGGCUUGGCUCGUCCGCCAGGGUCGUGUAGCAUAGAUCAGGGAAAAUACAGCGUGCUAGCCCCCCUACUAUUGCGAUACCUGCUAAAUUAAUAUUACAUGGAUGCCUGUUUGUAUGAAUAGUAAUCCAAUGCUGCUGUCUCUCGGAUUGAGGUUACAUUGCUGGUGCUUCCUGGAUGACAUGCGUCGUAUCUGCAUCACGGGGGACGGAAUGGUCAGGUAUGGGUGCAUUGUCUGAAGCGUUUGAGUCGGAUUUAGGUUCCCCGGCGUCAGUGAUAACGGCGUCCGCAACUGGAGAUGCCUUCGAGGUCAAAUCGUCCACUGUCUGGAUGGUUUGGCCAUCCGAAGGCGCUUCGACUCCCGCCUUCGAUGUAUCGGAACCGUCCACCUGAGUGGUAUCUUCGGAGGAUUUCUUCGAGGCCGAGAUGUCAGGCACAGACGCAGAAUCUAUGUCCGCCGACUCGACUGCGGGAGCAGGUCCACUGUCCAUUGGAUUCG